UACUUGACAUUUCUAUUUUUUUUUCUUCAAAAAAAUAUUCUUUUUAUGCUUUUAGUUUUUGUGCUGGAUUCUAUGUUUAGCAAGCUUUUACUGAAGAAUCUGGACGAAAAAACCAUGCCCAUGUAUAUAUUUGUUAGUUACGAUGUCAAUGGGUAUAUUGGUAUACGGGUACGUUUCUGCUUUUAGCAAAUUGUUAAGUUCAGGCACUGGUGGGGUAAAAUAGUUAUUUCGAUUUGGUGAAAAUUAGUUUUCUAUGGAUGUUUGCUUGGCCUUUUUUUUUUCCUCCUUGGGCUGAGUGUCCUGGUGUCCAAGCUAGCUUGCUCGCACCUCAUUCUACGGGUACCUGGCGACCCGCUACCUCUUACCAGGCGCGGAUACUGGGUAAGUGUGUCCGCCAAAGCUUGGACAGAUGGUCAAAGGGAUGUCUUCUGAUCAUUCUCAAGAUCUAGAACUCUCAAGUUUAUCAGCUCUAUGCCCAUUGGAUGGACGUUAUUGGGGUAAAGUCAAAGAAUUGGCUCCUUUUAUGAGCGAGUUUGGCUUAAUUCGUUUCCGCGUUUUGGUUGAGAUUAAAUGGUUGUUAAAAAUGUCUCAAAUACAUGAAAUCUCUGAAGUUCCAAACUUCUCUGAAGGAGCUCAGACAUUUUUGCAAAACUUGAUCGAUGAAUUUAGUAUGAAUGACGCCUUGGAAGUUAAGAAGAUUGAGAGAGUCACGAACCAUGAUGUGAAAGCAGUUGAAUACUUCUUGAAACAAAGAUGUCAAUCACAUCCAGAGAUAGUUAAGGUGCUCGAGUUUUUUCACUUUGCUUGUACAUCUGAGGACAUCAACAAUCUUGCCCAUGCAUUGAUGCUAAAAGGAGCUUUGAACACGGUCAUUUUGCCAGUCAUGGAUGAAUUGACUAGAGCGAUCUGUGACAUGGCCACAAAAUAUUCUUCUGUUCCCAUGCUUUCUCGCACCCACGGGCAGCCAGCUUCACCAACAACCCUUGGAAAGGAAAUGGCAAUUUUUGCUUAUCGAUUAAGCAGGGAAAGAAGGGAAAUUUCUCAAAUUGAGAUGCUCGGGAAAUUUGCUGGUGCUGUAGGAAAUUACAAUGCGCAUGUAGCUGCAUAUCCUGAAGUAAACUGGCCACAAAUUGCCGAGGAGUUUGUAAUGUCACUUGGAUUAAAAUUCAAUCCAUAUGUUCCUCAGAUCGAAACUCAUGACUAUAUGGCCAAGCUUUUUCACUCGAUUGUCCAGUUUAACAACAUUUUGGUUGAUUUUGAUAGAGACGUUUGGGGGUAUAUUUCUCUGGGUUACUUUAAGCAGACAACUAAAGCUGGUGAAAUUGGGUCCUCGACGAUGCCUCACAAAGUAAAUCCAAUCGACUUUGAAAAUAGUGAAGGCAAUCUUGGAGUAGCUAAUGGAAAUCUAUCCCAUUUGAGCACUAAACUACCUAUUUCGCGUUGGCAGCGGGAUUUGACAGAUUCAACUGUUCUGAGAAACAUGGGAGUAGGACUAGGACAUUCUCUUCUUGCUUACAGAAGUGCACUACAGGGAAUUCAUAAGCUUCAGGUGAAUGAAGCUGCUCUGAGUGAAGAUUUAGAUAAAUGUUGGGAGGUUCUUGCUGAACCAAUACAAACGGUGAUGCGAAGGUAUGGUGUGCCAGAGCCGUAUGAGAAACUGAAGGCGUUAACCCGAGGAAGAACAGUGACCAAAGAAAUUUGUAGAGAUUUUAUACAAAAAUUGGACAUACCGGCUGAUGCGAAGACAGCUCUCUUGAACUUAACACCUCAUACUUAUAUUGGAACAGCUGCAGAUUUGGCUAAGAACAUAAAUGAGGCCAUAAAUCUAGAGAAUGGAGCUUAACACCUCAUACUUAUAUUGGAACAGCUGCAGAUUUGGCUAAGAACAUAAAUGAGGCCAUAAAUCUAGAGAAUGGAGCUCAAAUCUUUUGAAAUGAGAGCCGAGAACGUUCACAGCCCUUUGCAUCGGUGGCGGAUGGAGCAUACAAUCAACAGGGAAUAUAAGAUGCGAGGAAGCAACAUGAAGUGUUUAGAGGCAAUAACGUGAAGAAAACACCCACUCAAGAAGUACCCAAACACAAAAGAGCAAAAAGAGAAGGAACGCGGAGACAAAAAGGCCGAGCAUACUCACCGCAGUCCGCGCCGCGAUUGGAGUCAGUGUUCUCCGCGGUCGACGCGGCGGCCGCGGCGGCAGGUUCACAGUCCAGAAAGUUAAGGGGCCAAAGUGUCAAUUCGGGAAAACUUUUGUAAAACCCUUAUAAGAUGUAGGAAACUCGCCCAAGAGAGGAGAGAGUUUAUUUUGAGAUUAUUUUGGCAAGAAGAACAAGUGUGAGAGAUCACCCAAAACAUCAUAGUUCUUAUUCUCUUCUAUUUUUUUUUUGCGAUUUUCCAUUAUGAAUAUUUUCGUAGUUUAUUCUUACGUUGUCAUGAGUAGCUAAAUGCUUUAAUCUAAAGUUUUGGUGAAACCCGUUGGGGA